AUGAAACUUAAAUAUGAGUUAAUCCUGCGAGCACCUCAUCCUGUUCUAAGUUUUCCUAAAAGACAUCACUCAAAUAAGUUUCUCCGAAUUCUUAUCGAAAAAUAUGGUGAUGCGACAGAUCAAAAUAUGAUCCCUGUAGAAAUGGGACAGUCCAAUGAAAUUAUUGAUGAAAAUGCGACCAAUGAAACAGAUAGUGAAAAACUACUUUCACCAAAAGUUUUCGCAGAGCUACAACCACUUCGUGAAGGUAAUGCGACAGAUCAAAAAAUGAUUCCUGUAGAAAUGCGACAGUCCAAUGCAAUUAUUGAUGAAAUUGCGACCAAUGUAACAAAUAGUAAAAAACCAGUUUCACCAAAAGUUUUCACAGAGAUACAACUACUUUGUGAAGGUAAUGCGAUAGAUCGAAAAAUGAUCCCUGUAAAAAUGCGACAGUCCAAUGAAAUUAUUGAUGAAAAUGCGACCAAUGAAACAGAUUGUGAAAAACCGGUUUUACCAAAAGUUUUCACAGAGUUACAACCACUUCGUGAAGAGUACAUGGAAGAUAGCCCUGUUGAUGAUUCCGAUGUGGAUCAAGACUAUGAACCAUCAGAUGAAGAGCAAAAGAAUACCAAAAAGUUGACAUUUCUAGCCCAAAAACGAAAAAUUUCAAAUAAGUGGUUUGAAAGUAGAAAAAGUGCUAUGGUGGCUGAACAUCUCAGAAUUGUGAAGGCUGCAGCUGCUAUUGUACGAGAAAGAAUAAGAUGGUUAAUGUAUGAUGUUAAAAAAUAUCCUUCUACGGAAAGUAUUAUGGACGAAGUGGUAUUACCAGAGACUUUGUCAAAAUUUGUUAAUUCUUUACUCCCUAAAAACACAUUUGAUUACAAGUCGAUUCCUCUACAAGAUUGUUAA